GACAUGGACAUGCCUCGCCGUCUAACUGGCUGUUAAAUCUAACGGGAGAAAUAAAGAAACACACUAAAGAUUCCUGGACCCGGUUAACACCAAACAAAGAUAAAUAAAUAAGAUAUUUCAACAAGUAAACCAAAUGGGUGAAGAAAGCUUGAGGAAAAGAAAAGGAGAGGCCAACGGAAAAGAGGAUGGACAAUCUAUUCAGAGUCACGAACCCCAAACAAUGAACCUACAAAAGCAGGUGGGCCUCAUCAGUGGAAUCUGUAUGAUUGUUGGUACAAUUAUUGGCUCAGGUAUUUUUGUUUCUCCAAAAUCAGUACUUGCCAGUGUUGGAGCUGUGGGUCCUUGUUUAACCAUCUGGGCAGCUUGCGGAAUUCUUGCAACAUUAGGUGCACUUUGUUUUGCUGAGCUUGGUACAAUGAUCACAAAAUCUGGGGGAGAAUACCCUUACCUUAUGGAGGCAUUUGGCCCAAUUCCAGCAUUUCUGUUUUCUUGGACAAGCUUACUCGUCACAAAACCCAGUUCAUUUGCAAUCAUUUGUCUCAGCUUUGCGGAAUAUGCAUCAGCUCCUUUUUAUCCAGGUUGCGAACCACCCCAAGUUGUCAUCAAGUGUCUUGCAGCAGCUGCCAUUGUGAUAAUUACAAUCGUGAAUUCACUGAGUGUGAAGCUGGGAAGCUAUCUCCAGAAUUUUCUCACAGCUACUAAAUUGAUCAUUGUCACAAUCAUUGUUAUAAGUGGAAUUGUUCUCCUUGCACAAGGAAAAACUGAGAACUUUAAAGAUUCUUUCAAGGACAGUAAAAUUUCUGUUAGCUCUGUCGGUCUGGCAUUUUAUAAUGGACUCUGGGCAUAUGAUGGAUGGAAUCAACUCAAUUACAUCACAGAAGAACUUAAAAAUCCUUACAGAAAUCUACCGCUAUCUAUAAUUAUUGGAAUCCCCUUGGUUACAGUUUGUUACGUUCUGAUAAACAUUUCAUAUUUCACCGUAAUGACUUCAACAGAACUCCUGCAGUCCCAGGCAGUUGCUGUGACAUUCGGAGAUAGAGUCCUUUAUCCAGCCUCUUGGAUAGUUCCUCUCUUUGUGGCCUUUUCUACAAUUGGAUCUGCCAACGGGACCUGUUUUACUACAGGCAGACUUGUUUAUGUUGCAGGUCGUGAAGGGCACAUGCUAAAGGUGCUAUCUUACAUUAGUGUUAAGCAUUUAACACCAGCACCUGCUAUCAUAUUUUAUGGGGCCGUUGCUAUAAUUUAUAUUAUCCCUGGUGACAUUAACACACUCAUAAAUUAUUUUAGCUUCGCAGUCUGGAUAUUUUAUGGUUUAACCAUACUUGCACUCAUUGUUAUGAGGUUUACAAGAAAGGAACUCAGGAGACCAAUCAGGAUACCCAUCAUCAUUCCAGUCAUAGUGACAAUAGCCUCCAUUUUACUGGUCUUGGCACCAAUCAUCAGUGCACCUGAACUGGCCUAUUUGUACUGUGUUUUAUUUAUACUUAGUGGACUUAUAGUUUAUGUACUUUUUGUUCAUUUUAAAUUCAACUGGCCCCAAAAAAUAUCAAAGCCCAUCACUAUGCAUCUUCAGAUGCUUUUGGAAGUUGUUCCAGAAGAGGAAGUUAUUGAAUAAAAUAUUUUGUAUGUA